AUGGCGGACAACGGCAACAAUAUCUUUGAGCAAACGCUCCGCCAUGAUCCUUUCGACAGGUCAAAACCAGAGACAGAUAUGUUAGAAGAGGCGGAAAUUAAAUGCAAAUCUCUUAUGGAAAAAAUAGGCAAAUCGCUUGAAGACCAUCCAUCACGCAGAGAGAGAUUCCGUCAUUAUAUGAGAACGUUUCAUGGUGAAUGGAAAUCGCGUACCAAAAACUCCGAGAUUGCAUUCAAAGGGCUUCUCAUAGUUCUUGAGUUAUGCUUGGCGCAACCAGGCUUUCGCGAUGAAAUUUUUGAAGACUUCAUUGAGACAUUAUCAUUCAAUACCCUCACUUUUUGGAAAUAUGCGGUCCCACACGUUUACAAUUCGGACUUGACCUACUUCACGCAAUAUCGAGAUUCUUUGUUAUUUUCGUUGGUUCUCUAUGAUGUGAAUCAUAGUAAGAAUCGCUUGCGAGAGCUCUAUGCAGCCGUUCCUGGAAUUCGCCAAAGCAUGCUCGGAAUGCACGCAAAAGCAUUUGGAGAAAGAUAUCGACAUUUGCAAAUGGUGCGAUCGCGAGCAAACUCUCGAAUAUCAUCCGUGCAAGGCUCUGUCGAAGAUUUAUUGGCAUUGGACAAUGAGGCGGUUGGGGAUGAUCAUUCGGAUGUCUCAUCACAAAACGUUUCCAUCAAUCAGUCCCCAUUCUGCGAAACCGCGCAUCACAAGCAACGUGUUAUCAAUGUUUCCAACGCACCACCAGUUUCAAUUAGUCGAGAGAGAAGUGGAUCUUGGCAAAUCAAGCAAGGAAGUGGUGGUCUUGUCGCUUGUGUUGAUCCCGUCAUGUCUGUUGAUCGAGAAAACAUCUGGCUUUCAAAUCUCGGAAUCAACUUGAAAGAUGACGAUGAAGUUGCGCCAUCAACCAAUUCGCUCGGCCUGCCUUUGAUCAAGCAAGCGCGUGCCGGAGAAGUCUUCCACGUUAUGGAGCAGAAUGACAAGAAACUUGGUCUUACUCCCAAUGAACAAGCUGUCGAGCGUGAUAUGUCACUUCUCACUGUACUCCAGGCAUAUAACAAGCAAAAUUAUCAGCUCACCCCAGUUGUUGUGAGCAAUGACGACUACAACACCUACUAUGGUGGAAUUAGCAAUGGUCUUCUCUGGCCCGCUCUUCACAAUCUUCCACAGCAUAUUGUAUCUGACUACGACGAUGAGAACACACUUCGUGAGCAUUGGUGUUCGUAUGUUAGAGUCAACUACCAAUUCGCAAUUAAUGCUGUUCGGAAUAGUCGCGCGCAAGAUUUUAUUUGGAUCCAUGAUUAUCAUCUCCUUCUUUGUGGGCAGAUCAUGAGAUCUCUCGAAACUAAUCUCGAGGUCGGAUUCUUCUUGCAUAUCCCAUUCCAGCCACCGGCAAACUUUUUGACAAAAUACAAGCUUGUUGCCGAGCCAAUUAUUCGCGCUCUUCUCCGCUUUACAAAGGUUGGAUUUCAAACGACUCGGGAUAGAGAGUCUUAUAUAAGACUUGUCCGCGAGAACAUCCCACGUGCCAGAAUUCAGUAUGAUAAUCGACUUGAUCGUUACACUGUCAGUAAUGAGGGAUUCACUUGCUCGCUUGGAGUGUUUCCUGUUUCCAUAAAAAUUGAGGACUUCUUGAAUAUUGCUCAUGACACGAAGACUCAAAUCGAAGCACAAACUAUUCGUGAAGAGGUCAUGAAAAAUAGCGGACCAACUGGACGCUUCUUCUUCUCCGUUGAGAGAUUUGACUACACAAAGGGCAUCUACGAGAAGCUUAUUUCAUGGCGAAGAUACUUCGAGAAACAUCCUGAGCGCGUUGGACAAGAUGUUCUUUUCCAAGUAGCUGUUACUAAUAGAAGAUCUGUUGAAUCGUAUAGAAAAUAUCAGGAUGACUGUCUCGAAUUGGCAAACAAAAUCAAUGAAUGCAUUAAGAGCGAAGAAUAUCCAAAUUGGAAACCAAUCAUUUUUACAACUGAUGGACUUCCAAGGGCUUCGCUUAUUGCUCACUACUUGGCUAUGGAUGUCGGAGUUGUGACUCCAUCAAAGGACGGAAUGAAUUUGGUUGCGAAGGAAAUGCUUGUGUGCAAUCCAUCUGCUUCCUUGGUUCUCUCGACCGGAGCUGGAACUGAAGUUCAACUUGGAAGUGCUGGUUUUUACACCGAUGAUGGUAAAUGCUAUCACCGAGUUGAGAACAUUUCGGACACUGAAAACUUUGCGGAGGUCUUCUUUAAGGCGGCAACCGAAAGCUACGAAAGCCGUACUGAGCACGGACAAAAACUUAACAAGUUCUUAGUCGAGCAUGACAUCGAGCAAUGGAGUUCGGCAUUUUUGGAUCCGAGCUGGACCCAUGAAGUUAUUAGCAAAACUGAAAUCAAGCAACUUGCUGAUUUCUACAUAUUGAUGGGAAGAACCGCUCAAAUCCGUAAGCAAAUUGUCGAUGCAGUUUUGAAGGGUCUUCCACUCAGACCUCAUUUCGCUCUUUCGUUGGAAAAUGCAAAAAAUGCUCUCGAAAAUUCAUGCGCAGAGGGAACUAAUCUGUUGAUCUUGCAAACUACUGCGAGUGCUGAUGAUGUCGAUGGAAACAAUCUUGAAGCGAAAUUUGACAUUUCUGAUGAAUUAGGAGAACUCCAGAAGGAUAUUGCUUUCAUUACUUUCAUUCAAUCUGAUGAAAUAACUAAUGUUGAACAAUUCAUAGAUACUCUCGGAUCUUUCCAUUCAUCGGGUCCAACGUUUUUCGCAUCUGAGGUUGAGAAUGCUUUGCAGCUUCUCACCCAAGGAGAACACUUCCACUUUUUCUUCACAGAUCGUGAUGGUACUUUGAAAAGUUACGCUUGCUCAUAUCCGGCUAGUAUUCAGCCAGCUUAUUCUGCUGUUAUUCAGGCUCAAUUUGCUCGUCGAUGUGCUCAAUUCUGCGCUAUUGUUACUACUGCUCCCCUCCUCCACAUUGGUAUUCUCAAUGUUUCUACCAUGCCCGAAGGGUAUUAUGCCUAUGGUGCAUCUGCUGGCCGCGAAUGGUAUUUAAACCCGGCUAUGCAGUUUAAGGAUGACACGGUAUCGGAAGUUGAUUUGCAAUACUUGAGCAAUGUCUUCGAUAAGAUGGAAGAUUUGCUUGAGAAUCCGGAGUAUAGGAACUUCACAUGGAUUGGAAGUGGCCUUCAGAAACAUUUCGGACACAUUACUAUUGCUAAGCAAGACGCCAACAACUCAGUACCACAUCGCAAAAUGUCUCAGCUCUAUGAGCAAAUUACAAAAAUUGUCAACGAUGUCGACCCGUCUGGCAACUUCCUUACCAUCCGCGAAACUGAACUUGACAUUAAGAUCUACACCAAGGCAAAAUUGAGUGGAAGAAUUUUCAAUAAGGGACACGGUGUUCGUCUUUGCGAGAGAAAGAUGGGAAUCAAUUUGCGCGAGGGAAAUAUUUUGGUGUGUGGCGACUCAGAAUCUGACAUUCCUAUGCUUGAGGAAUGCCUUUCUGUGGCAGCAGCUAAUGUGUACACUAUCUGGGUUACUACGGACGAGGAUCUUCGUACAACUGUUACACAAUUGUGCGCACGAUAUAACAAUAACAAUAUUCGCUUUGUGUCAUGCCCACAAGUUUUGCUGGGUGCAAUGGCUGCAGCUACCGUUCGUGAACUGAAUCGUGGAGGAGCACAGAUGAGCGAUGAUCACGGUUUCAAUCUCGAGAAGGACUUUGCCUGA